CCCGCGGCUUCCCAAAGCCCGCUCCUCUGGGCUCCUUGCCCGCGCCCAGGCUCUCCCGGCGGUCCUGUGCUCACGGAGUUCCUCCCUCCUCCAGCCUCCCUCUGUCACCGCUCCACUGCUCGCUCUGUCCCGCCCGUGGAGCCGCCUGCUCUCCAUACAAGCUUCUCCAGCGGCGGGACACCCCUCCAUUCCCCCGGGGCUGAGUGAAAUGUGCUAGGCCUCGUCAGGCAGUUCCAGGACUUUAAUUCAGUCUCCCGCGUGCUUACUGCAUCUUUCCAAACGUUUUCUGUGUCAGGGAGGUUUACAUUGGGUAUUAGGAAAAGGUUCUUCCCCCAGAGGGUGGUUGGGCACUGGAACAGGCUCCCCAGGGAAGUGGUCACCGAGCCUGACAGAGCUCAAGAAGUGCUUGGACAAUGCUCCUGAGCACAUGGUGUGACUGUUGGCGUGUCCUGUGCAGGGCCGGGGGUUGGAGUCAGUGAUCCUUGUGGAUCUCUUGUAGCUCAGGACAUUCUGUGAUUUAUUUCUCUAUCAGACCAGCCCCUUCCUCCUUUCUUGGCACACCUGCCUAAGACAGUUUUAGAUUCAUAAAAGUCUCACACAGGGUCUUUUUUAGGCUCCUUGAAAGACCCACACAGCACUGGGCUGGAGUGCCCUUAACUGGGGCAGGGAGAGGCACUCUCCUUGUCCUAGUCCCAUGCACACAAGCCUGGAAAGGAAAACAGCUUAGUGCCGUGUCUUUUGGAUUUGAUUGUCCUCUGUGCCAUGCAUCCUGGCUUGGCCCAACACAUGGCUGGCUGACCAUUGCAUCGUGUGCAUGAUGGUACCUGGGAGCAGGAAGGACACUGCAUUUCUCUUUCUCAUCCUGAAAUUCCAUGUGUUUGAAUGAGUUUAGCGCUAGUGCAGUGUGCCCUUGGCUGUUUUUUUCACUCCCACCCAGUGCUCUGACCCCUGCUUGGGUGACCUGUAGGGCCUGAGGUCACCCAAAUAUGUCCUCUCAGGCAUGACGUUGGCUGGUGGGCUUCCCUUGAGCUGUGCACAGGCAUGGGGUCUGUGUUCUUUCUGUCUCAGAAUCACAGAAUCAAUUAGGCUGGAAAAUACCUCUGAGAUCAUGGAGUCCAAGCCAUGACUAAACACCACCCUGUCAACCAGAGACCUUGGCACUGAGUGUCAUGUCCAGUCUUUCCUUAAACACCUCCAGGGACGGUGACUCCACCACCUCCCUGGGCAGCCCUUUCCCAUAUCGAAUCACCCCUUCUGGGAAGAAAUGCUUCCUAACGUCCAACAUAAACCUCCCCAUGUGCAGCUUGAGACUGUGACCUCUCAUCCACUAGUCACCCUUCAGUGAAGCAUUAUAUGCAUGUGUAGCUCCUGGGCUUUAAAAUACUUGUUUUGUAAAUCAGCAGUGCUGAAAUUGGCUUGCAUAAGGAAGCCCUCCUUUCUGUUGUAAAAUAAAUCAAUAGAAAUAAGACAUAAGUAAAAAGGAAAUAAUUAGUAAAAAUAAGAAAAAAACUUAGAAGUACUGAAAUGCUAAUUUUGAGAUGAGUGUGAUGUUAUGGAGUGGGGGGAACAUGGAGUCUCCUGAAUGAUUCAUGUGCGCCUGCACAGGAAUCCUGAGUACGGUCCUGGAUUUGUUUUUAUUACAGAUGAGAGACAUCAUGGAGAGUAGAAACAAGAAAUCCGAAGCACUGAUAUAAGUGAAAAAGUGUUUAUAAGACCCUGUUUGAUAAGAGAGAAAAGGAGCAAUUCUAUAGAUAGAUACCAUAACCUUAAGAAUGCAGUCGAUUUAUCAAAGAGUUGGCCCGUGUUCCUCAUGUUUGAAGAGACAAUUAAAUGGUUUCCUGGGAUUAAUUAAAUGGCAAAGACUGAUUCCUGCUUGUGUGAGAACAAUUUACAGUGAGACGGGGAAAUGGGAAAAAAACUAUGGGUUGGAGACAAGAAAACAAGUUGAAAAUUGGUGGUUCCCAAGAAUAAAGGAUCAGUUCUGCAGAAUUUCAGAAACUGAUAAAUCAAGACCAAAAUUUUAUGUGCUUUCUAUGUUCCCAUAUCCUUCUGGGAAGCUUCACAUGGGCCAUGUUCGUGUCUACACCAUCAGUGAUGCAGUAGCUCGGUUCCAGAAAAUGAGAGGGAUGCAGGUGAUAAAUCCAAUGGGAUGGGAUGCUUUUGGUUUACCAGCAGAAAAUGCUGCAGUUGAACAUGGCCUUCACCCUGCAAGCUGGACACAAAGUAACAUUCAGCACAUGAGGAAACAGUUUGAUGCACUAGGUCUGUCUUUUACAUGGGAAAGGGAGGUAACCACCUGCUUACCAGAGUACUACAAAUGGACACAAUAUCUCUUUCUUAAGCUUUUUGAAGCUGGGAUAGUAUAUCAAAAAGAGGCCUUGGUUAACUGGGAUCCAGUGGAUCAGACUGUUCUAGCUAAUGAGCAGGUGGAUGACAAUGGUUGCUCAUGGCGUUCAGGAGCAAAAGUGGAGCAGAAAUACCUCAAACAGUGGUUUAUCAAGACAACUGCUUAUGCAAAGGCCAUGUUUGAUGCUUUAUCUGAUCUCCCUGAGUGGUAUGGUAUUAAAGAAAUGCAAGCAAAUUGGAUAGGUGAUUGCAUUGGGUGCUCUCUUGACUUCUUGCUGAAGGUUAAUGGCAAAGUAACAGAAGAGAAGCUAGCAGCUUACACCUAUACACCUGAAGCCAUUUAUGGAGCUUCCCAUUUAUAUAUCUUACCAACUCACAGACUGUUGCAUGGGAAUAGCAGUCUCAAAGAAGUCUUUCAGAGGGAGUUCAUCCCAGGGAAAGACUCGCUUACUUCAGUGACAGCUGUGAAUUUGCUUACCAAUCAGGAGAUUCCUGUAGUCAUCUCAGCAAAAAACAAUUUUGAUAAUUAUCUUGAUACUAAAAUAGGAAUUCCUAGUACUAGUGCAGAGGAUGCUGCAGUAGCUAAGAAUCUGGGCAUUUCUUUCACUGAAGUCAUUGAGACAUUGCCAAGUGGUUUGGAGAAAGUCAUUAAUUCUGCAGAGAUCACCGGCAUGACCCGGCAGGAGGCUUUAAAAGCUAUUACUGAGCAGGCCAAAAAUAAAAGAAUAGGUGGAUACCUAACGAGUGACAAAUUGAGAGACUGGUUAAUAUCUCGACAGCGCUACUGGGGAACGCCCAUUCCAAUCAUUCACUGCCGGGCGUGCGGCGCUGUCCCUGUGCCUUACGAGGACUUACCUGUGGUGCUGCCCAAUGUGACCACAUUCACAGGAAAGGGAGCCUCACCUUUGGAAAGUGCCCCAGAAUGGGUGAACUGUUCCUGUCCAAGGUGCAAGGCAGCAGCACGGCGAGAAGUCGAUACCAUGGAUACAUUUGUUGAUUCUGCUUGGUACUACCUGAGGUACACUGACCCUCACAACACUGACAGGCCCUUUAAUAGUGACUUAGCAGACUACUGGAUGCCUGUGGAUUUGUACAUCGGAGGAAAGGAGCAUGCAGUUAUGCACUUAUUCUACGCAAGGUUCUUCAGCCAUUUUUGCCAUGAUCUAAAGAUGACAAAACACAAGGAGCCUUUCCAUAAGCUCUUGGUUCAAGGUCUUAUCAAGAAUCAGACAUUCAGACUAACAACAACAGGCCAGUGUUUGAAGAGAGAGGAGGUUGAUCUCAGUGGAAGUGAACCAGUUCACCUAAAAACUGGUGAGAAGCUCCAAGUUGCUUGGGAAAAAAUGAGCAAAUCUAAGUACAAUGGAAUAGACCCUGAGGAAAUAGUGAAAGAGUAUGGCAUCGACACCCUGCGCCUUUACAUUCUGUUUGCUGCUCCUCCUGAGCAAGACAUUUUGUGGGAUGCUAAAACUGAUGCCAUGCCUGGUGUUCAGAGAUGGCAGAUACGGCUCUGGGCGCUUGUAACCAAACUUAUUGAAGCAAGGACUUCAGGAACCAUACCCAAUCCUGAGCUUCUGAAUAAGAAAGAGAAGGCUGAAGCCAGAAGGAUCUGGGAGCAGAAGAAUCUGGUGAUUUCUGAGGUAACCGAGUACUUCACAAAGGAUCAUUUGUUCAAUGCAGCUAUUUCCCGAUUGAUGAGCCUCACAAAUGUACUCCAGCAAGCUCCUCGGCCUCUUGUUCUCCACAGCACAGAAUUUGAAGAUGCUUUGGCUUCACUCUGCAUUAUGGUUGCACCUAUGGCUCCCCACAUUGCAUCAGAGAUGUGGAAAGGUUUGGCACAUGUGCAGAAUAAACUUUGUACUCAUCAUCACUGGGAUGUUGAUGUUCUGCAGCAGUCCUGGCCCAGAGUAGACCCAGAUUACCUUCAGCCAUCAGAUGUUGUGGAAAUGUCUGUACUGAUCAAUAACAAAGCUUGUGGCAAAGUUUUUGUGCCUCAGCAAGCAGCCCGCAAUUUUGACGAAGUCCACGAGCUCGUUCUUCAGAGUGAACUUGGAGUCAAGCAUCUCCAGGGACGAGCCAUUAAAAAGGCCUUUCUGUCUCCCAGAACUGCCCUUAUCAAUUUCUUAGUGCAAGAAUAGUAAAGGCUCUGCUGGGCUGUAAAAGGGAACUGGAAUCUUUGGUGGAGGUGGAAACCAAUGCAAAAAGAGGAGUUAUGGUCAUUUCACUUCAUGUAAAGGUGGGAAAGAAAUCUUAUUAAAAUCAGGUUGCUGAUAAAUUUUCCUUUCAAUGUGGAGAAAUGUGCAGAAUUAAAUUUCUUAUUGAGUCACGGUAA